ACCACCAUGGGGAAACUGAUCAGGAUGGGGACGCAGGAGAGGCGGUUGCUCCGGCUGAGGCGGCUUCAUUGGAGUCGCCUCCUUUUCCUAUUAGGGAUGUUGAUCAUUGGUUCCACCUAUCAGCACUUGAGGAGACCUCGGGGCCUCCCCUCCCCAUGGGCAGACGUUUCUUUCCAACAGCCUGUAAAGCUGGCCAGCAGGGACUUUCCCAGUGACAGGGUGAUGGUGGCGAGCAGGGACCCUCCAGAAGCGGACUCUGAAAUGCAGGAUAAGAUGCUGGCACCCCAAGCCACGGCAGGCAGGGAUGAAGCAGCAACACUUAGCCAAACUAUGGAGAGCACCCCUAGUAUGCUCAGACGCACAGCCAAGACCACUCCGACGACUCCGACUCAGGAGAAUCAUCCCAGCCCAACAGCUGCAGGGACAGAAAGAAUAAAGGAAAACAUCCCGUCAACGCCCGGGAGAGAAUUGCAUCACUACACCUCAAGUUCAGGUAGACAAACCGUAAAAAGUUAUACCCCAGCACCCCAGCGAGAAGUGAAGAGCUCCAGCCCUGCUCCAGCCAGGGGAAUGGUGAAGAGGUACACCCCACCCCCACCUGCUGCAGUGGCACACACUUCGGCACCAUCUGCGUUCGUGACGAUGAGAACCAGCCACGCCACUGCCUCCAGGACAACCGUGAAAGAAAGCCAAACUACGGCAACGAAUAAGGUAGUGGAGAGCAGCCCUCCGGAGAGAACAGUGCAGGAAGCUACCCGCAUUGCUCUCAAGGAGACGGCUGAGCACAGCCCAGCUCUGCUGAUGCAGGAUGUGGACACAAACAUCUUGACUUCUCCAAGGAGUACAAUAAAAAAAAACCCCGUAACCACCCCCAGAAGAGUGGAAAAGAACAGCGCAACUGAUCCCUUUAGGCUGGGGGGCAAGAAGAGCCCGACUCCCCAGGGAACAGUCCGGGAGCACUCCCUGGCCAUCCCUGAGGAGCGAGUGACUGUGAGCACCAUGACCCGCAGCAGCCCAGCAGACCCCGAGGCUUCCACUGCUGCCUGGAGGGUUAGGAAUCCCAUGCCCAGAACAAGUGCACCCCCCAUCAGGACCACCUCCACCACUGUGAGGGGGCUGACAAGGAAAGCUUCCACAGCACCUGGAACCUCAGCAACCCCCAAACUCAGGGCAGAUCCGACCACCCAGGUCCGUCACUGUGUGGUAGUGGAGUCAGCCCCAGCUGUGCCCACCAGCUCCUCCCUGGGCCUGACAACAGCGCUACUCCCCGAGGCCCCCAGUCCCAGCACCUCCAUACAGCCCCCUGGCUGGCCAGACCUCCACUCCAAGGCAGAGUACCCCCCGGACCUAUUUAGCGUGGAGGAGCGGCAGCAGGGCUGGGUGGUCCUGCAUAUCUUUGGCAUGAUGUAUGUGUUUGUGGCCUUGGCCAUCGUGUGUGAUGAGUACUUCGUUCCAGCUCUGGGCGUCAUCACAGAGAAGCUGCAGAUCUCCGAGGACGUGGCAGGUGCUACAUUCAUGGCUGCUGGAGGCUCCGCCCCCGAGCUCUUCACCUCCCUCAUUGGUGUGUUCAUUUCCCACAGCAACGUGGGCAUCGGCACCAUCGUGGGCUCUGCUGUGUUCAAUAUCCUCUUUGUCAUCGGCACCUGCGCCCUCUUCUCCCGGGAGAUCCUCAACCUCACCUGGUGGCCCUUGUUCCGCGAUGUCUCCUUCUACAUCCUGGACCUGUCGAUGCUCAUCCUCUUCUUCCUGGACAGCCUCAUUGCCUGGUGGGAGAGCCUCCUGCUGCUGCUGGCCUACGCCCUCUACGUAUUCGCCAUGAAGUGGAACAAGCAGACAGAGCUCUGGGUGAAGGAGCAGCUCAGCAAGAGGCCCCUGGCCAAGGUCAUGGCCCUGGGAGACCUCAGCAAGCCGGGCGAUGGGGCCGAUGCGGUGGAUGAGCCACAGGAUAACAAGAAGCUGAAGCUCCCGUCCAUGCUGACCCGAGGGAGCAGCUCGGCUUCUCUGCACAACAGCACGAUCCGCAGCACCAUCUACCAGCUCAUGAUCCACAGCCUGGACCCCAUGGGGGAAGCCCGCCUCUCCAAGGAGAAGGAGGAGAGCUUGAAUCAGGAGGCCCGGGCCCCACCCCAGGCCAAAGCAGAGAGCAAACCCGAAGAGGAGGAGCCGGCGGAGCUCCCUGCGGUCACAGUCACACCAGCGCCCCCUCCGGAGGUCCAGGGACAGGAGGAAGAGGAGCCUGGCAGCCAGGAGGACGUGGCACAAGCUGAGAACGCAGGCCAAACAGCAGGGGAAGAGGGCGCAGCUCCUGGGGAAGGGGAAACCGGAGAGAAGAGUGGAGGUGAAGCUCAGGCAGACGGCGAAGGCGGGACUGAGGCAGGAGGCAGCGUGUGUGGAGGUGGCAUGGAGGCAGGCGGAGGAGGAGACGGACCUGGAGGUGGAGGUGAAGGUGAAGGUGAAGGUGAAGCUCAGACAGACAGCGAAGCCCGAGAUGGUGACGAGGGGGAGACCGGAUGCCAGGAAGCCAAUGCCGGACACCAGGGCGAAGCCAAAAGUGAUGAGAAAGGUACAGACGGCGAUGGAGGAGGUGAUGGAGGUGACAGUGAAGAGGAGGAGGAGGAGGAGGAUGAGGAGGAGGAAGAGGAGGAGGACGAGGAGGAGGAGGAAGAGGAGGAGGGAAAUGAGGAACCUCUGUCCCUGGACUGGCCUGAGACCAGGCAGAAGCAGGCCAUUUACCUCUUCCUCUUGCCCAUCGUGUUCCCGCUGUGGCUGACGGUGCCGGACGUCCGGAGGCAGGAGUCUAGGAAGUUUUUCGUCAUCACCUUCCUGGGAUCCAUCAUAUGGAUAGCCAUGUUCUCAUACCUCAUGGUGUGGUGGGCUCACCAGGUUGGUGAAACAAUAGGAAUCUCUGAAGAGAUUAUGGGCUUGACAAUCCUGGCCGCAGGCACGUCCAUUCCCGACCUCAUCACCAGCGUGAUCGUCGCUCGGAAAGGCCUGGGAGACAUGGCUGUGUCAAGCUCUGUGGGCAGUAACAUAUUUGACAUCACCGUGGGCUUGCCUGUUCCUUGGCUGCUUUUCUCUCUUAUCAAUGGAUUACAGCCUGUUCCCGUCAGCAGCAAUGGCUUGUUCUGUGCAAUUGUUUUGCUUUUUCUCAUGCUGCUGUUUGUGAUCUCUUCCAUCGCAUCGUGCAAGUGGAAAAUGAACAAGAUCCUGGGCUUCACGAUGUUCCUCCUUUACUUCGUGUUCCUGAUCAUCAGCGUGAUGUUAGAAGACCGGAUCAUAUCCUGUCCCGUGUCUGUCUGAGGCUGACUCUGGUCGUGGAUCAGAAGCCCAUGCCAGAAGUUAUCGUACCUCUUGUCUCAUUAAUGAAAGAGUGAACUCAAUGCAGGACAGUGAACUGAGCGGCCCAGAACCUCUGACGUGAAUGUGAUCUGGGACGAAGCUUUCUCCUCGGAAACACUCGCAACUCUGCAGGGGCUGCGUUCCUACCCCUGACUCGUGCACACAGCUAUCACGGGAAGGCUGAAGGAUCCCUGGAGGCAGAGGGUUUUCUAAUUUGAGCUCUAAUUGGGGUGCGGGUUGGGACAGGCAUAGCAGCAGGAAGACAAGCUCCAUGCUCUCAGUCCCUGGUCGUUCCUGAAAAGCUGCUGGCCCAAAGAUGCACAUGUGGUCUGAAACUCACACUCGUGGCGCCUACGCCCAAGCACAGAUCUCGAUGAGGUAUCCCCUCUUCUCCUAUUCAAAUGUGAGGUUCUCUCAACUUUCUGAUCACUACAGGUUCAGUUUUUGAGUUUAAGGGGCUAAGGCUAAAGGAAAAAAGGAAGCAUAACAAGAAUCAAUUAUCACUCCACUUCACAGUCCAGUGAAACAGCCGGCAGAUUUUCUAGCUUAAAAAGACUACACUAGCUCUUGUUGCAUUUCUGAGAAAUGAACAUGUGUAAUUUGCCCUUGAGUUGGAAUGCGUGGAGAUUAGGGAAGGAAAAAGCCCAGAAUCAGCAGAGUGAAACUGGCUUAGAAAUUAAGACACCCAGUGAGGCAAUGCUAUUUUUGCAUGUCAACUUGUAUAGGAUUAUAAAGCCGGAAGACUGCUUGUGUGGUUUCUAAGUGGAUUUUAAGGUGAUAACAAGGAGAAAAAUCCAAAAAUCCUUAACACAGCGACAACAUAGUGAGAAGAAGAGUAUUACCACUUCCCAGACAGCUAGUGUAAAGGACACCAGUAUUUUCAACACUUCUGUGGCUCAAUGUUUUAUGUGGCAUUUGAUGUGCUUGUAUCUUAAAUACCUCUGCUUGCUGCUCUUACCAGCAUCAAGUUAGGGGACACAUUAGAAAUGGAACAGUUUUGUUAUUGUUUCUAGAGAAAAAGGAACUUAGGUGACUGCAGGUGUUAAUGGUAACCAGGGCUUUAAUCACCGCACCAAUGCAAGAAUGAUUCACUGAAGACAAGAUGGCAGGACAGAUGUGGGGAAAAAUCAGUAAUUUUGGUGUUGA